AUGGAGGGCAAUUUCCCCGAUAUUUUGGCCCACGGAUUUGGCUCCCGGCACGAAGAUCUCAAUCAAAAAGCGGAUUUAACUUUAAAAGGGUCUCCACGGACAUUUCCGCAACAGUAUACAAGCUUGCUGAUAAUAAAGAUGAUUGGAACAGGUUUGCAUAGGGCCAAUCCCGAAUCCAAGAAAGUACACAAGUAUACCGUUCCCGAUUUUAUGCUUCCGUUUAAGAUAUGGAUUUUGGAGACGUUCCCUGAGGCAACCCAGUUUUAUAUACGCACGCCGAAAGAAUUGCCACGAAUGAGGACGUGGAGAAGUAAAACAUCGUUAUCUUGGGUUCGAUGUUGUCGAAUAAUCAAUGUGUCUGUGCCUAACAACCAACCUAUUAAUGUCGUGGCAAACCCAGAGGAGCUGAUGUUGCCGUUUUAUGUUUGCUCUGUCAAUUGGACUCUAAACCCUGUAGAUUUUCCCCCACGGCAACAUAGUCCGGUCCGAAAUAGUCCACCUGUUGUUGCAUCGCCGGCUCGAAGAAAGAUGUACAAGUCCGAAAUAGAAACAUCUUCGACUGAAUCUGGCACAAAUGCUUUCCUCAAGGUUGGUAAAGAAGAAGAAGACGAGCACAUCAAGAAAAAAGAUGAACCAGACAGAAAUGUUGAACAAGACAGAGGGUUUCGAGAGGAAGAGGAGGAGGAGGAGGAGGAGAUGAUAAAUGAAGAGGAGGAAGAAAAAUAUUACCAUGAUACACAUUUGCACUAUGAUGAUAUAGGUACUCAUAGUUUGGAGGUGGAAUUUGGGCCUACACCUAUGCAUGUUGAGCCGUCAUCGGAAGUGGGUGAACAUCACACAAAAGAAAUGACUCCUAUUGUUAGGCCGCAACGAAAGAGGGGUGUUCCAUGGUAUCAGCGGACUCCGUUCAUAGUGUUGCAAUCCACACCAAAAUUGAAGAAAAUCACCAAAGCAAAGAAAAAUAGUAGUGGAGAGUCCUGA